GAAGCGGCGGCUGUUGGAAGCGACACUACAGUUUUGUACUACAACAAGCUGGCAACGAGGAGAGGACUAACGAAAAAGAAGGAAACACGAACAGCGUUUAUUGAAACUCGGUGCCAGAAAGAUACAAUGGAGAGCAUAAUCUUUGCAGAGCAGGAAAAUGCACAACUUCAUGGAUCUUCACAGAAUUUGCGCCAGCGACUUAAAUCUGUUCCAGAGAAGCUAAAGUCUCCUAUGUUGGCCAAAACGAUGGUCACACCGCUCUCAUCUGGCCGCAAGGCUUUUGGUGUGGUGGGCAACAGGAUUUCAACACCAGCCGUCAAAACGCAGGAGAAGAAACUCGUUAAGCCACAGGAAACUAAAGCGACGCCGGCUCCUCAGACCAAAGCGGAGGAAUAUCCAGAAGUUGAGCAGUUUAUCCCUUAUGACCCAUUAGAGUUUCAGAGGUACAGUGUACCUGAAGAUCUGAUUCCUCUUAGCUGCAUGGCUCUGUCUGGGUUGGCUUGCUUUCCACACAGACGCCCUGAUCUGGAUCAGGAAAGGAUGGAAGAGCUCCCAUACCUUUCCCCUGUAGAAAUGCCAGAGUGUCCAGCUGACUUCACGGAGCUGACCGCGUUUCUUCAAACUAUCGAUGAGCUGACUGAACUUCCUUCGGAACCUGAGUUUUAACGCAUUUAUUAAUGCUCUGUAUUUUUUCUUUGAAUAAAGUUGUUUUACCAUGUUCUCA